AUGAGCGACCCUAAACUGAGUACGAGUGAGGCAAAUGCGGCUUCGAUUCAAGCGACGGAGCCGCUCGGCGCGCAGCAGGCGGUGAUGAUUUUCGUGAAGCGGCCAGCGCCGGGGCGAGUGAAGACGCGCCUGGCGGCCGGCGUGGGGGCGGACGCGGCGUGCGCCUUCUACCGCGCGUGCUGCGAGCACGUCGUCACCCGGGUCGUGGGAGGGGACGUGGGGGCGCGCAUGCAAGCAGCGUUCCAGCAUGUUCUAGGCCUGGGAUACCAACGGGUGGUGGUGAUCGGAACAGACAUCCCUGAUGUGGAUGGGGUCACUGUUGCUGCUGCGCUCUCUGCUCUUAAGCGCCACAAGGUGGUGUUUGGCCCAGCCCUGGAUGGUGGAUACUACCUCCUUGGACUCACCGCACUGCUGCCAUGCCUCUUCAAUGGCAUAGAGUGGAGCACGGACAGGGUGUUGCAGCAGUCACUCUCAGCUCUCCACACAAACGGGGUGGCUGACCCUGGCUUGCAGAGCAACAAGCGGCGGGCGGCGGGGGGGGGUGGUACCUUGGAGGCAGAUGCUGAGACAGAUAUGGCAAUGACUAGUUGUGGCAAGGCAAGACAUGGGAAGGACGGUUCAAGAGCAGAGCAAGCUUCUGAGCAGGCCGAUAAGGAAGAUGCUGCUCCGAGUGGUGGUGGGAAGACAGGGCAUGAGGAGGAUGCAUUGAGAACAGACCAUGUUCGUGUGCACCCAACAUCACAUGCUGGUGUGCACCCAACAUCACAUGCUCCUUGUGGUGAGCCUGAAGCUGAGGUUUGCAGUAUAGAAGGCGAAACACAAGUUGUGAGGCUGAUUGCUGUUGUUGCGGGGAUUCUAGGCCAGGUUAGCCCGGUAGGUGCUACUGGUAUGUGA